UCCCCGCCCUCCUGAAGGAGGCGUGUGCCCCCGAACCCGUGCGGCGCGCUCUCACGGACGGACGGGGCAAUGGUCGGGGUGGCGCUGGUCCCGCGCCGUUUCUGGCCCCUGGUUUGGUCAAAGGGCCCUUGCUCGCGCCUCCGGGGGUUUGGGGGCCCUGCCAGGACGCUCGCCUCUGGGGCUGCCGCCGCCGCCGCCCUCCCGAACCGGCGUCUGGACCUGAGAGGCAUCUAUCCGCCCUUGGCCACCCCUUUCACGUCGCAGGGAGAAGUCGAUUACGUCCGGCUGGAAGAGAACCUGCGUCUCUACGCGGAAAUUCCCUUCCGAGGUUUUGUUGUGCAGGGUUCCAAUGGGGAAGCUCCCUAUCUGACACAGCAGGAACGUCUAGAGGUGGUGAAACGGGUGCGUCAAGCUACACCCCAGGAGAAGCUUCUUCUUGCUGGAACAGGAUAUGAAUCAACUCAGGGCACCAUUGAGAUGACAGCACAAAUGGCUGACAGGGGUGCUGAUGCUGCCCUUGUGGUGACUCCUUGCUAUUUCCGGGGAAGUAUGACCAGUGCAGCCUUGAUCCAUCACUACACGCAGGUGGCUGAUGCCUCUCCAAUCCCUGUGAUCCUCUACAGUGUCCCUGCCAACACAGGCCUGGAGCUGCCUACUGAUGCUGUGAUUAGCCUUGCACAGCACCCCAACAUUGUCGGGAUCAAGGACAGUGGUGGCAAUAUAACCCGUGUGGGGCUGCUGGUUUACAAGACACAGCAUGAAGACUUCCAGGUACUGGCAGGAUCAGCUGGCUUUCUCCUGGCCAGUUACAUUGUAGGUGCUGCUGGAGGGAUCUGUGCCCUUGCCAAUGUUCUUGGCAUGCCUGUCUGUCAGCUUGAGCAGCUGUGCCAUUCUAGAAGCUGGGAUGAGGCCCGUAAACUGCAGCAUCGACUCAUUGAGCCAAACAUUGCGGUGACCCAGAAGUUUGGCAUCCCAGGUCUGAAGCAGGCCAUGGAGUGGUUUGGUUAUAAAGGGGGCUUCUGUCGUGCUCCCCUGCUCCCAUUGAGCGAAACACAAGUGAUGGAACUGCGCCAGCAUUUCAGCUCCCAUGGCUGGCUCUAAAGGGCAAAGCAGCUCUACACAAUGAUUGGAAUGCUGAAAUGAGUAGUAGGUCUGUUGCUAUCUAGCCUGGCAUCAGUUUUCACAGAUUUUCUUUUGUCACCUAGUGAAAUACAGCUCAAACAUACAGCUUAUUCACUGGCAUGAUUCACUGGAAAUCUGAGAAAUGCUAUAGCAAUGAAACAAGGGAAAGAAAGCCCAAGGAUGGUGCUUGAAACAAGCAAAUGCAAUGUUUGGCAGAAGGCUAGGAGCCCAGAACUCUUCUCUCCAUGCAGGCUUUGUUCCUUCUUGCUUAGAAUGUCCAACCAUUUCUUCAGAUACACUAUAUCUAUUGCCCAUACACUAUGCUGCUGCUUGCAUCAAAUUAUCUGCUAUAGAGAGAGCAUUCCCUGAUUCCAAGAAUCACAGGUCUGUGCCAUCUCCAUUGUUCAGACAAAAAUGGAAACAAAAAUGUUGUUGCACUUUAAAGACUGUUAUAUUUCAACAUGAGCUUUCAUGGAUACAUCCACUUCUUCAAACAUAUUGAAGCAAAACCAUUGUUACCUUGUCAAUCCAUUUCCUGUGCCUAUUUUGUAGGUAACUUUUGGUUUGGCUUCACUCCAGUAUGCCUGAGGAAAUUGAUAUAUUCACAAAAGCUCACACUGAAAUGUAACAAUUAGCCUUUACAAUGCUACAGAAUUUGGCUUUAAAGUUUUCUUUUAAUCUCUUAAUUUUGUUAUUUUUGUCUGGAUAUCCUUGCACAGCCUAACAUGGCUACUUCUUUGAAAUGUCCAUUGGUGUAGAAGUAGAACCCAGUGCUCCUGCACGUGUGACUUUCCAGGCCAAAAUAUCAUUUAUUCUAUCACUUCCCGUUCCCUGUGUAUGAACUCUGUAAGGUCAAGUCAAAGAACAUACAGUAUGAGGUUGCCACAUUACUGUAUGAUCUCCUCCUCUAAGCCUUUAGUUGCCAAAAAAUUCAGGGCCUGUGUCACUUAAUCUGUAGGUUUAUGGUAUAGACUGAAGCCAGACUAAUGACUAGUCAGCAUCCUGAAGACAUAGGGUGGUUUAUUUUGCAGACAGUGCUGCUUUGCAGUGCUGAGCUUCACUUGAUCUUAAUCCUCGGAAGACUGAGGUAGCAUGGGAUACAAUUAACCUCUGCUAAAAUAUGUUGUGUGCAUCAGCAUUCUAUGUCAUUGUGGGCAUUCCACAGUUUCGAUGAUGGUGUAUCCUGCUUGGCAAAGGAAAAUAUUGGGCUUGAUUAGAGUGUGGUAAUUUCACAAUCCCCUGGGAGAGCUGUGCUUUCAACCAAAGGAAACUUGAAUUACCCAUGCAAGAGUAUUAUAUAAAGCUGAAAUGUAUUACUUUUUGUUGUACCUCAUUCAGAUUAUUGGAGAAAGUAGUCCUGGCACCAGUAGUUGAACUUAUAGCAGGUAGUCAAUAACAGUAAAGAACUAGUGCUUAAACAAUCA